AUGGCGAGCCUCGCCCCGCCCGUCCUGGGGACACGUGGCAGGCCAUGCCAGCCCGUCCCGGGACACUUAGCAGGCCACACCUACCCGUCCGGGGACGCAGGGCAGACCCCACCCGCCCGUCCCGGGACACGUGGCAGGCCCCGCCCGCCCAUCCCUGGACGCAUGGUGGGAGGAGCCCGUCCUCGUCCCAGGAUGCGUGGCGGGCCCAGCCCACCUUUCCCGGGACUCGUGGCGAGCCCCUCCCGCCCAUCCCAGGAUGUGUGCAGGCUUCACCGCCCACCCAUUCCAGGAUUCAUGGCAUGCCAUGCCCGCCCAUCCACAGGAGGGCCGUGGCAGGCCCCCGCCCCGCCCGUCCCGGGACGCGUGGCAGGCCCCGCCCACCCGUCCCCUGGACACGUGGCGGGUCUCACCCACCCGUCCUGGAACAUGUGGCGGGCGCCACCCGCCCGUCCCGGGACACGUGGCUUGCCUCGCCCGCCAGUCCCGGGACACAUGGUGGGCGCCGUCCGCCUGUCCUGGGACACUUGGCGGGCCUCGUCCGCCAGCCCAGGGACGAGUGGCGGGCCCCGCCCACCCAUCCUGGGAGAUGUGGUGGGGCUGCCUGCCCAUCCCAGGACGCAUGGCAGGUACCGCCCGCCCGCCCGUCCCGGAACUUGGUGGGCCUCGCCCACCCAUCCCGGGACGCAUGAUGGGCCUCGCCAGCUCGUCUCGGGACACGUAGCGGGUCUUUGCCCGCGUCGUCAGGACACGUGGCGGGCUUCGCCUGCCCAUCUAGUGACAUGUUGCGAGCCUCGCCCGCCCUUCCCGGGCACAUAG